CUAUAAACAAAGUGCAAAAAGCUCUUCUCAUUUGGUAGCAUCUCUCGCCGAGAAGGCCGAAGAAAGAGUUCCCAUUUCUCACGCUGCUGCUGCCUCUGCGGAGCUCUCCCAACGCAUCGGGGGAACCCUAGCCCUCGUCUCCAUCCCUCACAGAUGAGUUCUUCCACCCUGUUUUCUUGCAUUCGCUUUGGUUUUUGGUAGUUUUGGUUCCUUGUUCGAGGACGGUGCUGGGAUUUCUGGUUUUCAUGAUCUGAAGGGGGGUUGUUGGGGUUGGGGCGGUGGUUUUCUGGGUGGGAAUUGGGAAAAGUUUGAAUCUUGUGGGCUGGAUUUUGCGUGCUUUUGGGGAAUGUGGGGAUGCGGUGGCUGGGAAUUGGGGAAAGGAGGGGGUUUUGGAGGUGAUUGCUCGAUUUUGGAGAUUCUUUUUUCGAUGUUUGGUUAGGGUUUGUGAUUUGGUGGUUUUUGGGGAUCGAAGAAACUCCUUUCCUUCAUUGGUGCUUUGCUCUAUGGGGGAAGGUUGUGUUUGAAUUUGGGGCUUUUGUGAUUGUGAGCCGAGGUGGGCAAAGCGGUGGGAAUCGCAAACCUUUGACCACUUCUUUGCAAAUGCAUUUCGGAGAAUUCUAGUGGGAUACAUUUGGGUGCGUUCGUUUUUUCAUAAAUCUUAACAGUUUUUUUAGCUAAUUUAUUGUUGGUAUCUCAGUCAUAGAGCAAAGGCUUCUGUUCAGCGUUGCUCUUUUUGUAUUUUGCUUUUAAGUGGAAGGAUCAGUGUAGAGUCUUUAGCUUUCUGAAGGGGAAAACAGAAAUGGAGGGGAAGAAUUUGUUGGUGGAAUCAGGAUCAAAGAUGGAGGAAGAUAAUCUCAAUGUGGAACCAGCGUUUAAGAUUGAGGAGAGGAGUUUGAAGUCGGAACCAGGAUCAGAGUCUGCGGGGAAGAAUUUGAUGGUGGAACCAUCAAAGAUAGAGCUGAAGAAUUUUGUGGAACCAGGAUCAAAGGCAGAGGAGAUAAUGAAAAUGCUUUUUGGGCAGGAGAUCAGUGAAUUGGCUGGGGAAAAUUCAGACGCUGGCUUAAAAGAACAUGACAUUUUUAUGGAGGUUUUCUAUGGAAAUUCUGCCAUUGAUGUGAGCAAGGGUAAUGUCAGGGUUACAGAUAUCCAACCAGAGGAGAACAUCCAUGGACAGCGACAGUUUCAUGGGAAUUGUCAUGGUUUGACAAUGGCAAGUCCCUCUUCCAGGAAAAGGUCACCAGUGGAUGCAGAGCUAUGUGGAUCAUCUUCUUCUCAGGCUUAUGCAAAUGUUGGCAGUGUUAGUUCAAAAAGGUCGAAGAUUUCACCCGGUGAGCUGUUGGAUAAAGAUCUUUGCCGUGCUCAUGCUGAUACCAAUAAGUGCAUGAUUGGUUUGGAGCAGUUGGGGACCGUUUCUGAUGUGCUGUUGCCAGAGUCUGACCACAGUCAACAGGCUUCAUCAUGCCUUAUAGUUGAAUCUUCUAGUGAUGGCAUUCUUUUUAGCAACUAUAUCUUUGUUCCGGAAAGAGAAAAAGAUUGCACUUAUGAUGAUGAUUGCAGUUUAAAUGUGCAACACAGUACUAUGAGCCGACAUGGAGAUCGUGGAAAGGAAGUUUUGGAAGCCAUAUCUGUUGCUUCACCUGUUUCUCAGGAGAGCUUUGCUUCUGCACUUGUAAAGACUGGGUUGCCCCCUGCUGUUGAUGUGAUGGCAAGAACACUUUCAUGUGUCAAUCCAGGUGCCCGAGAAUGUUGUGCGCUGGAAUGGAAUGCAUUUAGUCCCAAAGAAAAGAAAUCCUUUAUAAAGGGCCUCCCGAACCGCCUCAGCUCCCAUGCUCACAAUCUUCUUAUGGAUGCUCACUGGAAAAUUGACUCCCGCAAAAGGUGUGACCGAGACAGACCUGCUUACUGUUUCACUUCCCCAGAUGAUGGACGCUCUUAUAAAGCCCUUACUCAAGCAUGGAAGGCAUUUGGACAGAAGUUUCUUGCUGAUGUGCAGGGUCCUGAGCAACGUCAAAUUGGAAGAGAAUGGUCAGAUAUAGAAAGGUUUUGGGCUGAUUUAGCAGACACAUUGGCUUACAUUGAAAAAGAGAUUCAACAAUCAGAAAGUUUUCUUUCCCUUUCAGACCGAUGGUUGCUUCUUGAUCCAUUUAUGGCUGUUUGUUGGAUUGAUAAAAGAAUUAGCGCUUUGAGAGAGGGAAUGCCAAUGAAAGCUGUGAAUAGCACAACAUACUUGCUGAAGGGGGAUGGUAGUACAACUUCAAAGGAAAAGAAUGUGAAACGAGUGAAAGGUCUUCUUCCUGAACAAAAUUCUCGUUCUCUUGUCCCCCUUAAAAAUAAAAUUCUUCCAGAGCUCAUAUCAGAUGGCAAAUUAGAUGCUGAUAAAGGUCCUAUUGAUGACCAAGUGUUUGCGCUACAGGGUUUUGAUGCCUUACCACACAAUUGCCCAUCUGAGCCGGUGGAGCAGAAACUUUCUUGUCAUGGAACCCCUCCUGGAAAAGGUGUCAAAAGACUGGCAAAAGGUCCUGGAAAAGGUUUGGAUAUCAGUAGUUCUCAUGACUUGAAUUGCAAGACCUUGACUAGCCAAUGCAAAGAAAGUGACAGCACAUCUUGUGAAUGUAGAUCUAUUCAGAAUGUUUCUAGCUUAUCACAUCCAGGAAGUUACUCAGACCAUGAUCUGUCAGCACCUGAUACCGCUGCACCAGAUUUAGGAGCAUUGGCACUUUACAAUCCAGAAUCUGGUGAAAUUGCUCUUCCAAUGAAAACCUUUGAUUGUGCUAUCCAAAACAUGGAGAUACCUUGUGAUUCGGAUAGCAAACCUUUGAUGGUAAGAAUGGUACCUGAAGAUACAAGCCAACAGAUGCCAGAUACCAAUUCUGAGGAUGGAACACUACAUUUCAAAUCAAAUGAUGGGUGCACUCAAGAGCCCUUUGUUUGUGAAAAAAUAUCUGUUCAAAAGGCAUUAAAUACCUCUGUCAAGAAAGCGCGCAAGAAAUCUAAGAAAAUAUCUGAAAUUGGUUCUACCAAAGUGCGAGGCAAAAGUAUGGAAACAAAACAUACUAAUCAAAGCUGUGAAGAGGCUUUUUGUCUAACUGCAGAUGGUAUGAUCAAUGAUCAAACUUGUUCUCCAACUGAACGGGAUGGAUCCUCUAGCAUCGAUCAGGAGCUGACUUCCAAAGGGAUGGAACAGAAUGAAUUUCUCGGGGAGCUGUGUGUCUUUAAUGCUUUGGCAACUGAUACAUCACAUCCGUCUGCAUUACCUGAAGUUAAUUCAAUCACAGAAGUGCAGGAGUUUCAGAAAUCAGAAUCCAGAAGUACUAAGAAAUUGGUUAAGUGCAAGGAUGACAUUCUUCCUUCAACACAGGAUGAUGAAUCAGGAAUUACCUUGUUGAAUAUUGAGAGAGAUCAAGAUGAUUCUAUGCAGGUUAAAUCAACUAAGAGCAAGGGUUGCACAAAUAGCUCAAAUCUCAAGAAAUCCAUGUCUAUGAGCUUAUCAAAACAAAAAAGUCAGUUGAAGUCCAAGAAGGCCAAACUGCAGUCUCUUAUUUCUGAAGAGUCAGUGGCCCUGAAGGGCAACUGCAUUUUUCCAGAGGAACCUCAUCGCAUGGAGAAAUCUAAUGAACUUCUAGACUCUGCUAAUGGUGUUUCUCAAGACUAUCGGGACAAUGAAUUGGUCACCAGGGUGGAGAAAUCUGAAGUACAUAAGCAAAUUGGGCGAAAGAGAUGGCGGGGGUGCAGUAUUAAUGAUGAUGAUCUUCUGAUUUCUGCUAUAAUGAAAAGCAAAGAUGUCAGUUCUGUUGUUAAACAUUCUUCUCCUAAACUAGGAGCCUCACAAUCCAAAGCUUUGAGAAAACUUAAGGGUAAAAAGGGCGGUUGCAAGUUACUGCUCCGUACUCCUGGAAAAGGCAGUAAGCACUCCACGGAUGGAAGGCGGUUUUUAUUGGGAUCCAGAACAGUGUUAUGCUGGCUUCUUGAGAUGGCUAUCAUAUCUCUGAAAGAUAUCCUGCAAUGCCGGGAUCCCAAAACCAAGGCUGUCAUAAAAGAUGGGUGGGUUACUGUAGAUGGAAUUCUUUGCAACUGCUGCACAAAAAUCUUCUCUGUUACUGAAUUCAAGGCACAUGCUGGCUUGAAUCUCCAAAAGGCCUCAUCAAACCUUUUCCUGCAGUCUGGUAAGGCAUACACUCUAUGCCAGCUUGAGGCAUGGUCUGCAGAAUACAAGGCAAGGAAAGGUGGCAUUCGAGUAGUAGAAGUAGAGGAAGUGGAUCAGAAUGAUGAUACUUGUGGACUUUGUGGUGAUGGUGGGGAAUUAAUCUGCUGUGAUAACUGUCCAUCGACUUAUCACCGGACAUGCUUGCCUGAACAGGAACUCCCAGAAGGAAGUUGGUUCUGCUCAAGUUGCAUUUGUUCAAUCUGUGGGGAAGUGGCUAAAUUAAAUGAGGGUUCAAGUUCCUUCAAUGCUUUACAAUGCUCACAGUGCGAACGUAGAUACCAUGACUCUUGUUUAGAAGACAAGGUUACGCGGGAUACUGAAGCCGCUUCACAAGUUUGGUUUUGUGGACGCAAUUGCCAGGAGGUUUACUUAGGUCUUCGUUCUCGUAUUGGAGUUGUUAACAACAUUAAUGAUGGAUUCUCCUGGAGCAUUCUAAGAUGCUGCGACAGUGACCAGAAAGUGUACUCUAAACAAAAAAUAGCAUUGGUGGCGGAGUGCCAUUCAAAAUUAGCAAUUGCCCUUACUCUCAUGGAGGAAUGCUUUCUCCCUAUGGUAGACCCAAGAACAGGCAUUGACAUGAUUCCACAGGUCCUAUACAAUUGGGGGUCCAACUUUGCCCGCUUAAAUUUUCGUGGGUUUUAUACUGUUAUCUUGGAGAAUGAUGAUCAUCUUGUAUCUGUGGCAUCUAUCAGGGUACAUGGAGUCAGAGUAGCAGAGAUGCCUCUUAUUGCAACCUGCAGUGGUCGUCGGCGUCAAGGAAUGUGCAGGAAGCUUCUGAAUGCAGUCGAAGAGAUGUUGAAGUGUUUGAAGGUUGAAAUGCUGGUGUUAUCAGCAAUCCCAAGUUUAGUGGAAACAUGGACAUCAGGUUUUGGUUUUGCACCACUUGGCGAGGAAGAGAGGAAACAGCUAAGAGACAUUAAUUUUAUGUUAUUUCCUGGAACAGAAAUGUUGAAAAAAAACUUGUCUGCUCCUCCAGCUACAGACUCAGGAGGAAACAGUGAGUUUUUUGCUGGAGAAGAUCAGGCCCAGAAAUUGGGACUGUGUGACAAAAGCACCGAAAUUGGGGCUACCCACCAUGCUUCUGGAAAUGCUAAAACUGGUUUGGAAGAAGAAUCCUUGCUAAAAAGUGGUUUUAAACUACCAGUAGAACUAGUUGAUGAUCAGAAGAGAAACCAACUUGCAUUAUCUUGCAAAAACCAUGCUCUGACAGUAAAUGAUAGAGAACAUGUCGAUGUUGAUAUGACUGGAUCCUACAAUUUAAACACAGAAACUAUGGACGGUUAUAAUAAGAUGGAUCAGUUUGCUUCUGCAGAUAACCCUGUUGCAUUUGAAGUUUCUGUUACCAAAGAUUCUUCUCUUGGACCGCCUUAUUCUGGUUCCUUGUCCACUUCAGCUGCUGCAAGUGAACAGCCUAAUGACUUCAGUUCAAAUACAACUGGUCUACUUAUCCAAGAUACAGCUUUUAACAUGUUGCAUAAUAUAAAUGUCCUUCCUAAAGGUGAUACUGAGGUUUUCAUGAACAAAGGAGCUGAUAUGGACUAUCCUGAGGAUGAUAAAAUUAAACUUGAGGUCUUCUCUGAGACUUCAGGAGGAACUUGUGGCAGUGGUUUAUCUCGGGAACUGGAUCAAAAGGAUUCUGUCUUGGCAACUCCCAAUGAGUUGAAGUUGGUUAACAGUGAUAAAGUUUCGGAUAAUGCUCUAGAUAUCAUGGACAAGGAAGGGAGUAUGAAUCGAGGUGCUAAAAUUUCAAAUGAAAGUAGUGGCGGGUCUCAGGAACUGCAGAAGGACAAUUGUUUGGUAGUUCUCAGUGAGCUGAAGACGCAUCAAUUUGCCAGUGAUAAUGUUUUGGGUAAUGCGACCAAUAUCACUCACAAGGUAGGGGCUAUGAAUCAUCAUGAAGAUGUUGAAGUCAAAGAAAAGGAAUCUAUUGAAAUUUCAAAAGAAAAUAAUGUUAUCUGCCUGUCUCAGAGAGCUACUGAAAACAGUCUCUGCCCUAUUAUUCCCAACUUAAGCAAGAUGAAGUUAGAAGAGCUUGUGGCUAUGCAGAUCACCAUAAAUGACUCCCAUAAAAUUGAGACCAGAGACCAUACGGUGAAUCACCUUGAACCAGCCAAAACAGAUUUGAAUCAGGUUGGAAUUCCCAUGGUAGCUGGGUGCUCAUCUAGAUGUCAAGGCAUGCUGCAUUCAUCUGGAGAGGACUUAGGGGAGGACAAAGAACUAUCUGCUGUCUGAAACGACUUGAUUUAUAUAUCCAUAUUUAAGUGCCCUGCGAAGAUUUUCUUGAAAGAUUGACAAUUAACAAGCGGUAAGCCUCUUCAGAGGAACCUCAAGAUCAGCCAUGAAUGGAAUGUGUCUAAUUAGUUUCUUUAAUCCUGCAUUAAAGAAUGUACAGUUAAAAUCUUGGUGCAGUUUAAAUCUCCAUUGUGAAUUUUUCCAUUGCAAGGACUUCAUUGUAGUUUGAGCUGUUACCUUCUGAUCAAACUGUGAGAUACAAAAGUUUUGCUUAGAUGCUCAAUGACGAUGUUAGGAAAGUUGGUCGUCAGUGCUGCAUCUGCCAAAAGUUGAAGGUGCAUACCUGUUACUUAUAAUCAGCCUGCUGCUGCAUGUUGUCAUCAUCUGUUAAAAUUAGCUUGUGGCCUGAGAGCAACUUUUCAAUGUUUCUUGGAGCCUUGUGAGUUUUAUCUUGAAAGUUACUUACAAUAAUGGGUCUUCGGAAAGAACUUCCAACAGGAUGCUUGACUUGGCUGGAGCUAGGACAAACUGCAAAUGUCAAGGAUGAAACUUUUCCCGGGUGCAAACUGCAAAUUGUCAAUAUUUUCCUUGAAACUUUCAUGAACUCAUCCAUACCCAUUUAUUUUACUGUAUCUUUCAAUGGUCAGGUUGAUGGGAGACUUCAUCCUUGUACAGUUUUUUUUUUUUUUCUUAAUCUGAAAUCGUAGGUGGUUCCCCCGUUCAGGCAUGUCUGGCUGUUAGUCUUUUUGGCAUAUGGGCGCUGUUCUCCUGAGUUAUGGAUUGGAUUGAAUCAAGUCAACUGAACCAACUUGGUGAAGGAGUGGGAUUUCCCAGCAAAUUUUGUUAACUUAGUGAACCUCCAGAGCUAACAAUUUACUAAGUUACAUCUUUCUCUGGUAAGGCAGUCUUUUCUUGUUUAUCAUUGACUAGUUAAUGACUCUUGUGAUGAAACUAGAUGAGCUAUACCCUGAUCCUUGAUGUAAAUUUCUGUUGACAAUGUUGUUUUCUCUAGUGUAACCAAAUCCAUGUUGUCAUUGAAGGCUUAAGAGGCAAUUUACCUGAAAAUGCAAUAAAUUUGUUGUUCUUUA